CUGCCCUUUACAGAAGUAUAGAACGGAGUUAUUAGGGUUUUUGUAGCCCCUCUAUCUCCCACUCAAAGAAGAACGGCUCUAUCAAACCCGCAGACUUUGGGCUAAAACAGCCGCAUUUCUCCAAGAUGGCUAGAGGGUUGAAGAAACAUUUGAAGAGGCUCAAUGCCCCUAGGCAUUGGAUGCUUGACAAGCUUGGUGGUGCUUUUGCACCCAAGCCAUCAUCUGGGCCCCACAAGUCCAGGGAAUGCUUGCCGUUGAUCCUCAUUCUGCGAAACAGAUUGAAGUAUGCUCUAACUUAUAGAGAAGUCAUUGCUAUUCUCAUGCAGAGGCAUGUUAUGGUAGAUGGGAAGGUUAGGACAGAUAAAACCUAUCCUGCUGGUUUUAUGGAUGUUGUGUGCAUUCCAAAAACAAAUGAGGACUUCCGUCUACUUUAUGACACCAAAGGGCGUUUUCGUCUCCAUGCCAUCACGGGUGAUGAAACCAAGUUCAAGCUUUGCAAGGUUCGAUCUGUCCAGUUUGGCCAGAAAGGCAUUCCAUACCUCAAUACAUAUGAUGGGCGUACCAUCCGCUACCCAGAUCCUUUGAUCAAGGCUAAUGACACCAUCAAGUUGGAUCUUGAUAGCAACAAAAUUGUUGAUUUCAUCAAGUUUGAUGUCGGAAAUGUUGUCAUGGUCACUGGAGGAAGGAACAGAGGUCGAGUUGGAAUAAUUAAGAACAGGGAGAAACACAAGGGUAGCUUUGAGACAGUCCACAUUCAAGAUUCUGCUGGGCAUGAGUUUGCAACUCGUCUAGGUAAUGUCUUCACAAUUGGAAAAGGAACAAAGCCAUGGGUGUCUCUUCCAAAGGGCAAGGGUAUCAAGUUAUCCAUUAUUGAGGAAGCUAGGAAGAGGCUUGCAGCCCAAAAUGCUGUUUAAACUUUAGCAUAAGAUAUCCAGUUAUGUUUUGCUGUGGUAGUUAAUUCUGGAGAUACUGAUUUCUUGUUUUUACUUGUGAUCAAAAUUUUAUUUUCUUCUUGCAAUUUAAGCCUUUCUGUUGUUGGAUGAUGUUAGUGACAUAUCAGGCUAGAAGUUAUCGAAUACUUGGAUGUUUUAGCGAAUAUUAAUGCUGUAGUUGGUUUGAGUUG